AUGGCGGCGGCGCUGUGGGCGUCAUCGUACGCUGAUCUGCUUGCCGCGGCCGACAGUCGCUGGCCCCCAGCAGGCACGGAACAGCAGCGGCAACUCAAUGCACUCGCGCGUGCGGUGAUUGAUCAGAACAACAAGGGCAAGGCAGCCCAGCAGGGGCCUGCCACCAAGCCCAUUGCAGGGCAAUAUGCGAUAGAGCGCGGCCACGCCGGCAACCUUCUGAAGGCUUGGGCGGCGCGAGCAGGGGGCGCCAGCGGAGAAGCUGCAGACACAACGGUCCCAAGCCUGAAUAAUGUUCUGCGGCAGCAAGAAGCAGCAGGCUUCUUCAGCAGCAGUCCCAGCCCAGUCAAAUCCGGGGUCGUGCUGCUACACCUGGACAUCUUCCGGCUGCUGUCAGUGAGGGCGGGCCCAGCAACUGUACACCAAAACGGUGUAUGGUCAGGGCCGACGACCCCACCUGCAGCUGCCCUCAUCGGCGGCGGUGGCAGCAAUGGGGCCAGCAACGCUGGCGGCAUAGGCAACAGCAGAGGCGGCGAAGCUGCCCCGCAUUGGGCGGUUUCCUACAAUGAGCUGACCGCCGCUGCCGAUAAUCAGUGGCCUCCAGCUGGCACUGAGCAGCAGCAGCAGCUUAACGUGCUCGCCCGCGCGGCGAUAGACCACUACCACACGAGCGCUGCGGGGCAGGGCGCGACAGUCAGCGCGGCACCGGACGCGAGCGGCCACUACGUAAUGCCCUUAACACUGGCCGGAGACAAACUCAAGCUCUGGGCCAUGCGGCAGUCUGGAGGCGCUGGUGUGGUGGGGCUGCGGGUGCGAAACGUACUCUCGUACCAGCAAGCUGCUGGGCUGCUCAGCCGACACCCCAGCUCGGCACAUGCAGCAACGGGUAUUCUGUGUUUGGAUGUGGCGCAGCUCGUGGGCGCGGACAGGCUGACCCAGGCCUGCAUGGCAGCAGCGUCGGCGGCGUCGGGGGCGUCUUCGGCGGCGGCGGCGUCGGGGGCGGGCACGGCAUCGAAGCAGCAGCAGCGCACCUACGUGGCAGUGCCAUGCGUCCGCAACGCCCCCGCGGCUCAAGGCGCAACGGGCGGCGCAAGUGUUGCACCUGCCUGCGCUGCGCAGGCGCAGGUGCGCCCGGAUGACAGCCUGCUCGCCCUGCCCCCGGCCCCUGGACCCCUGGCAGCUCCCCUCAGCCUAUCCGGUCAGUCACUGCAGCUGCCGCUGCCCUUGAACGGUGAUGACGCCGAAUGGUGCAGCGCAAACGUGGUGGUGGUGGAGGACGCCUCAGGCUGUGAAGCGAUGCUACAACACCUGCGGGGCUGUGGCUACAUGGGGCUUGACACGGAGCACGCAGAUGACGAUGAAGCGUCUGGAAAUGACAGCAUCGCCGCUCGCAACCCACAGCAGCGGACCGGCAAACUGCAUCGUCCCACAGCCGCCUCUGGUCGGCAGCUGCCGCGCCCACGGCGCCUGGCAUUGCUCCAGAUCGCCGCGCCGCAGGUUCACGAGCGGCUGUCUGGCCCAGGCUCAGCGGCCACGCUGUACCUUGUCGACGUGCUGCAGCCGACGGCGGCCGCGGUGCUGGCGGAAGGCGGUGAGCUGAGGGCGCUGCUGGAGGAUGGGACUGUGACCAAGGUGGUGCACGACGCCAGGGAGGAUGCCGCCAUACUGCAGCAGCAGUUUGCCCUCCGCCUGGCCGGCCUCUUUGACACCCAGGUCGUAUUCGGCCUCACCAGCCUGGCAGCCGCGGCAACCCAGCCCACCGCAGCAGGCCCACACAGCACUGGAAGCAACGGCGCCACCCCAGAGCCUGAGCCCCCCAGCAGCAGCAGCGGCAACAGCAGCUUCCAGCUACGCCGUAUCGGCCUUGCUGCACUGUACGAGCGUUUUGGCUUUCCCCACCCAAACAAGGCUGCGGUGUCUGCCAAGUUUGACAGGCAACCAAGGCUCUGGCUGCAGCGGCCACUGACGGAAGAUCUGAUUGAAUAUGCCGCCUCGGACGUGCGCUACCUCGUGCCCCUCGCUGCCCGCCUGCGCGAGUGCUUCGCCGCGGAGGCCACGGUACACCUGAGCACGCUGCACGCGCGCGUCAUGGGCGGGCCGCCGCCGGAGCUUACGCCCGACACGGCCACAGGCUUUGCCGCCAUGCUGUGUGAUGGGGGCGACCACGCCGUGUUCGAGCUCUCAGUGGAUGCGGAUGGCGUGCCGACCUACAUGCUCGCGAGUGGCGCUUGCGGCAAUGACAGCCGCGGCAGCAGCGACGGCAGCGGCGACGAGGGCGGCAGCGACAGCGGCGGUGAUGGCGGCACCGGCAAUAGCGGCGGCGGCGGCGGCGGCGGCGGCGGCGGCGGCAACGGCAGCACCCUGGUUGCGUCGGCCGCACCAGCGGGCGCAGACAUCGAGUUGGAGGAAGAGGAUGAGGGGGUAUCCUCGUUGCUGGCGCUGAUGCCGGCGAGGCUCAAGCCGCACCUCCAGCCUUACGCCAUGCGGCGGCGCGGGGCGCCCCUCCUCAGGGAGCUGCUGCUUCACGGCCACGAGCGCCCUGCGAGGGUGCGGCUGAGCGACGGGUCCGCGUUUGAUCUGCCGAGUCGCGUGCCGCUGAGCGAGGCGCUUGCGGCCCUGCGGGACGCCAAGCAGCGAAUGGGUGCGGGCCAGUAUGGGACACAGGAAGCUGCCGGGCCGGGCGGCAACAGCGGCAGCCAGACAGACAGCCUCGGCAGCCUGCAUGGCUGGCUGCAUCGCCAGAAGCCGCAGCCGUCGCAGAAGGCGCAACAGGUGGACGGCAGGACCGCCGGGAUCUUUGACCAAGACAACAGGAUGGCUCUUCCAGGCAGCCUGCACCGCAUCAGCGCUGCCGCAGGCCGCGACGGCAGCGUCACCGGCCUCACCUUCCGCGUCGGCCGCCACUUGCCAGGCGCUGCGGCCCCGCUGCGAGACCUGCUCGCGCACUUAGCGCAGGUGCACCGCGACGCAGCCACCGGGGCGGCCUUCGGCGGCAAGCUGGGUGGCAGCGCGUCGCUGCUGCUGCUGGGGCGGCCGGGGAAGGGCAAGACGACGCUGCUGCGGGACGUGGCGCGGGUGUUUGCCGACGACUUGGGCCUGGCGGUGGUGGUCGUGGACACGAACAACGAGAUUGCGGGGGACGGGGCAGACCCACACCCCUGCAUUGGCAGCGCAGUGCGGCUGCAGGUGCCCCACCACAGGAGCCAGGCCAAGGUGAUGCUGGAGGCAGUGCAAAACCACGGCCCUGACGUCAUCAUCGUUGACGAGAUCGGGUCAGCAGAGGAGGCCAAGGCCGCGCGCAACAUAGCCCACCGCGGCGUCAUCCUCGUCGCCACCGCCCACGGCGCCACCCUCUCAGACGUCCUGAGCAACCCCGACCUCUCACGCCUGGCCGGCGGACUGCAGUCUGUCAUCCUCGGCGACCAGGCGGCCGCGCGCACGGCCGACGGUGCCAAGACGCGGCUCGAGAGGGCGGGGGCGCCUGUGUUCCAAGUGCUGAUCGAGCUGAAGGAGCGAGGCAGGUGGCGGGUGCACCUGUCGGUGGAGGGCAGCGUGGACCGGCUGCUAGAGGGGCGGCCGGCGGAUGUGCAAGUGAGGACAUGGGAGGUGGCCGGCCACGGCGACAGUGGCGGUCAGUCCCCACCGCGCGUGCUAGUGGAAUUUGAUACGGGCGGCGCGGCGAUGCAAGCGGCGGCCGCAGCUGCCGAGGCCAAGGCGGCGGCGAAGGGGGGCAGGGGCGGCGGGGAGGACGGCGGGGCGCCGCUGCAGUUCCGCAGGCGGUUUGCUCAGGAGUUUGAGGGCGGGUGGAUUGUUGACCUGGUGCAGCGCGCAGGGGCAGCAGUGGCGCUGCGCAAUUGA